CCGCGACCACAACACAACCAACAAGGGUUUGCUACCCGACAUUUAUGUUCACCUUAUGGUAAGGGUGGCAGAAAUGACGGUCGCGUACAAUCAUGGAAGAUAAACAUUGGGACAAUUUUCUCGCAUCAAAUGAGGCUAACGUUAUAUGAGUUUAGAGGAGAGCCGCUACGUGUGUCUCCCAUACCGACCCCCCUCCUCCUCCGCUGGCAAUUUAUAAAGAACAAAAAAUCAGACUAGGGAGGGGGUUGAUACGCCGAAGCUGAAAUCGAGAGGCGAACCCAGUUAAGGAGUAUUUUUUUUACACGGGACUUCCCCAAAAGGAGGGGGAAAAGUCACAAUUGUGGAAUCUAAAAUAAAAUUAAGGUUCAAAAUACGUGAGAACGUCUCCCGUUGUGGAUUCCGUAUAUAUUUUUAAUUCGAAAAAAUAUGGCCGAGAACGUUCUGGACUCUGGCCCGCCUUCAGCCAAGAGGCCUAAACUAUCCUCUCCGGCACUUUCUGCCUCCGCCAGCGAUGGAAACGAUUUCGGCUCAUUGUUCGACCUGGAGCACGACCUCCCUGACGAGCUCAUCAAUUCCUCGGAGUUGGGCCUGGUCAACGGAGGGGACCUCAGCCAGCUGCACACCAGUCUGGGGGGAGGAGGUGGAAUGGGCCUGGGAGGGGGGGGUGGCCAGGACGCAGUGGCCAAGCACAAGCAGCUCUCAGAGCUCCUUCGAUCAGGCGCUCCACAUGCCUCCACACAGCAGGGCCAGGGUGUGGUGGGCAGCCCAGGCGGGGCCAGCAUGGGCCACCUGGGGAACAUGAAGGUAUCCCCUGGGCCCCAGGGCAUGGGCCAGCAGCAACACCUCUCACCACAGCAGCAGGCCAGCAUGAUGCAGCAGCAGGUGGGGAUGGUGGGUGCCAUGAACAGGGGCAUGAUUGGGGCCCAGAAGGGCAACGGACAGCAGCAGCAAGCCAUGAUGGGGGGGCCGGUGAUGAACGGAUCCCCCAGGAUGAGCUUCUCGAACCAGGGGAUGGUGGGGAACAGUAACAUGCUGGCUGAGACUCUGCAGCAGCAGGGCGCCGGGGGACAGGCUGGACUCAGAGUACAGCAACCUGGAGCACUGAAUAAGAUGGGUAUGACGGGUAACCCAGGCCCCUAUGGAGUCCCCUACGGUGAGCAGCAGGCAGGCCAGGGCCUGGGGGGAGCAGGGCUGGGCCCUCCGCUCCAGAACAAAGGCUCCAUGCCCAACAGCCUGGCCCAGUUCAGCAUGGACAAGAAGAGCCAGCCCAUGCAGGGCAUGGCUGCCAUGGCCACACAGCAGUCUGCCACAGGUGUGGGCGGUGGAGCCGGAGGCACUGCAGGGUUGGUCCCCAACGCCCAGGGAGGCCUGGGGCCCGCCGUGUCUGCAGCAGCUGGGGCGCCCCCUACGGCCGACCCCGAGAAGCGCAAGCUGAUCCAGCAGCAGCUGGUACUCCUGCUCCAUGCACACAAGUGCCAGCGGCGGGAGCAAGCCAACGGGGAGGUGCGCCAGUGCAACUUGCCACACUGCCGCACCAUGAAGAACGUCCUCAACCACAUGACCCACUGCCAGGCCGGCAAGUCCUGCCAGGUGGCUCACUGUGCGUCAUCCAGACAGAUCAUCUCUCACUGGAAGAACUGUACGCGGCACGACUGUCCUGUCUGCCUGCCGCUCAAGAAUGCCGGGGACAAGAGGAACCAGCAGUCUCUGCUAGGAGGUGCUGGUGUAGGUCUGGGUAGUUCCCUGGGCUCGGUGCCCGGAGGCCAGCCCAGCUCCGCCAAUCUCAACCCCCCCAGCCAGAUCGACCCCAGCUCAAUUGAAAGGGCCUACGCCGCCCUGGGCCUCACUUACCAGGGCACCCAGAUCCAGAGCCAGCCCAACCAGGCUUCUCUGCCAUCACAGGGUCUGCAGGGCCAGCCGGGCAUGAGGCCGCUCAACCCUAUGGGUGGUAACCCAAUGGGGGUGAAUGGAGGAAUGGGUGUUUCACCCCAGAACCAGCAGGCCAGCCUGCUGCAGGAUACCAUGCUCCACCUCAACAUGAACUCCCAGGGUCUGAUGAAUGAUGCGGGUGGGACGGGUAACAUGGGCUCCAUGCCCAUGGCGACCCCACCCUCUGCAGCAGGUAUGAGGAAGAGUUGGCAUGAGGACAUCACCCAGGACCUGAGGAACCACCUGGUGCACAAACUGGUGCAAGCCAUCUUCCCGACCCCGGACCCCGCUGCUCUGAAAGACCGGCGGAUGGAGAACCUGGUGGCGUACGCUAGGAAGGUGGAGGGGGACAUGUAUGAGUCAGCCAACAGCAGGGCGGAGUACUACCACCUGUUGGCUGAGAAGAUCUAUAAGAUCCAAAAGGAAUUGGAGGAGAAGAGGCGAACGCGGCUCCAAAAGCAGGAUGGUCCCCUCCCUGACCCCUCUCUGGUGCGGCCCGGUGGACCCAACCAGAUGGUGACUAGGAUGCAGAAUCCGGCAGGUAUGAACCAGUUCAACCAGAUGGGGAUGCAGUCUAUGGGCCAGAGGUCCACCCCUCCUCUCCCCCUCACACCCAUCAACCAGAUGGGCAUGGGGAACCCCAGGAUGGGCCAGCCCAACGUGGGCCAGAACCAGUACCUUCCCCAGGGACAGUUCCCAGGCUCCAGCCCAGGACCAGGCCUCGGCACGGGGCAGCCCGGCAUGGCACAGCCUGGUAUGAACCAGCAAGGCAACCAGGGAGGCAUGGCACAGACUCCAAUGCCCAUUCCUUCCCCUCUCCCCGCCAACAGCCCUCUAGCCGGGCCCGGUUCGGUCGGAGGGGGUAGCGGUGUCCCCUCGGUGGGGCCCAUGGGUCCCCAGAGUGUGGGUGGAGGCCCCUCGUCCAACAACCCCCAGCAGCCCAACUCAAUAACCCACCUCUCGGCCAUGCGCCAGAGCUCGCCCUCCCCCGCCCGCAGCAUCACCCCUACACCCCACCAAACACCACCCAGGCUAGCAGGCUCACAGACCCCCCAGCCCCACACCCCUAACCCGCCCCAGCUGCCCCCCCCAGGCCCCCAGCAGCAGCUAGGGCCCGGCAGCCAGGGGCCAGGCUCCAAUAAGCCCAUGCAGCAGGGAAUGGGAGCAGGGGCCACCACGCCAUCUCACCCUGGUCACCCCUCCACAACACCCAACCCCCAUGGAGCCCAGCUCCCUCGCACGCCUCGCACUCCGAUGUCCCAGAAGGGUGGCUUCCAGUCCCAGGACUGUCAGGCUCUGACCCCAGCGUCAGUCAGCAGUGUGGACACGGCCUCCCAGCAGGCCUCCCAGUCGGACGCCUCGGCCUCCGUGGACCCAAAGGCGGAGGUCAAGCAGCAGCAGGACGAGGAGGACGACUGGGAGGAAGGCUGCUCCAAGGGGGGGAAGCUAUCCAACAUCAAGACGGAGAACAAACCCAUCAAAAUGGAGGGGGUGAAGAAAGAGGAGUGUGGAAGCCAAGGGGGCAAAGGUGUUCCCAUGGAAACGUCAUCGUCGGGGGUUAAGAGUGAGGAAAGGGUGAAGAUGGAAGACCGGAAACCGGAGGUGAAGAAGGAGCCGAAAGAGGAGGAGAAGGGAUCAGAUUCCCCUGGUAUUCCGUCUGGUGCCCAGAGCAAGAAGAAGAUCUUCAAGCCAGAGGAGCUGCGCCAGGCCUUGAUGCCUACCCUGGAGUCUCUGUAUCGCCAGGACCCAGAGUCUCUGCCCUUCAGACAGCCUGUGGACCCUCAUCUACUGGGCAUACCUGACUACUUUGACAUAGUGAAGACCCCCAUGGACCUGUCCACUAUAAAGCGUAAGCUGGACACUGGCCAGUACCAGGAACCCUGGCAGUACGUGGAUGACAUCUGGGUCAUGUUGAACAACGCCUGGCUGUACAACCGCAAGACGUCCCGCGUCUACAAGUACUGCUCCAAGCUGGCCGAGGUGUUCGAGGCUGAGAUAGACCCCGUCAUGGUCAGCCUGGGCUACUGCUGCGGCAGGAAGUUGGAGUUCUCUCCCCAGACGUUGUGCUGCUAUGGGAAGCAGCUGUGCACUAUUCCCCGGGACGCUGCCUACUUCAGCUACCAGAACAGGUACCACUUCUGUGAGAAGUGCUUCAACGAAAUCCAGGGGGACAACGUGUCCCUGGGAGACGACCCCUCCCAGCCUCCGACUUCCAUCGGUAAAGAUCAGUUUGAGAAGAAGAAGAAUGACACACUGGAUCCUGAAUUACUUGUGGAAUGUAUGGACUGCGGACGUAAGAUGCACCAGAUCUGUGUCCUGCACAACGACACUAUCUGGCCGUUAGGUUUUAAUUGUGAUGGCUGCUUAAAGAAGUUGAAUAAGACGCGGAGAGAGAACAAGUAUGCUGCCAAAAGGUUGCCCCACACUAAGCUGGGCUGUUAUUUGGAGACUAGAGUGAAUGACUACCUGAAGCGUCAGAGCCACCCUGAGUCGGGUGACGUCACCAUCCGAGUGGUCCACGUCUCAGACAAGGUGGUGGAGGUCAAACCAGGCAUGAAGUCCAGGUUUGUGGACACUGGGGAGAUGUGUGAGUCAUUCCCAUACAGAACGAAAGCCCUGUUUGCGUUUGAGGACAUCGAUGGAGCUGAUGUCUGCUUCUUCGGCAUGCAUGUACAGGAGUACGGCUCGGACUGCCCUCCUCCCAAUCAGAGGCGCGUGUACAUCUCGUACCUGGACAGUGUUCACUUCUUCCAGCCUCGUUCUCUGAGGACGGGCGUCUACCAUGAGAUUCUCAUUGGCUAUCUGGAGUAUGUCAAGAAGCUGGGGUACACGACGGGUCACAUCUGGGCGUGCCCACCUAGUGAAGGGGACGACUACAUCUUCCACUGUCACCCUAUGGACCAGAAGAUCCCCAAGCCCAAGAGGCUUCAGGAGUGGUAUAGGAAGAUGCUGGACAAGGCUGUGGCAGAGCGUAUUGUGCAUGACUUCAAGGACAUCUUCAAGCAGGCCACGGAGGACCGUCUGACAAGUGCCAAGGAGCUGCCGUACUUUGAGGGGGACUUCUGGCCCAA